CUCCUGCUGCUGCUGCUGGUCCGGCCCACGGAGUGCCAGCCAGAGGAACCGAUCCUGGACCAGCACCGCCUGGCAUCCACAUCCCUGCGCAAGCUUCUGCAGGAGCCGAACUCUGUGCCUGGCUCCGCACUCGUGGCCUUAACAGCACCUGCACCUCCAGGGUCCCAGGCCAGUGGCUCUGCUCCCACCAGUCCCACUCUGUCCGCUUCUGCAACAGAGACCACCUGGUUUAGCCAGGGCGCUGGGGUCCAGGCUCCAGUGGACCAUAGCAUCUGGGUGGCCAGCAACGAGGUGUUCUUGAACAACGAGGAGGAGGAGAUGGACAACUUUCUGCCAGAUGCCCACUGGCCCGCCUCGCCAGUGGCCUCUCCGCUGCCGUCCCUUACAGCUGGAUCCCCAGGCCAGCUCAGAGAAACGGGGACCUCUACUCUUACGCCAGCUCUCCCCGAAACGUCUGUGCAUGAGAAGGACGAGGCAGUUGCCUUGCCCAGGCCAGAGCAGUGGCUGGCUACCACUGCUGAACCACCACAGCCUUCCCGUACCAUGUCAUGGCUGGUUCACCCCAUAUCUGAGGGCAUUGUUCCAAUUUCUCCUGGGGAUUUGGUGCUUUCUCCAACGGCUACCUAUGGCCCCAAACCCAGCAGUACUGUGCUGGAGAGUGUGGCUUCUGGAACAGUGGGAAGCCCCCUGCUUAGCACCCCGUCUCCUGUGAUUCCAUCUUCGGGGGUCAAUGUAACCUCACAGCUGUUCCCCACCUCCUCUGGGGAUGCUGCUCCGGCCACAAGCACCGUCAGACAUGCCCCAGAGACCCACUCCCUGAGUCUGAGUCUGCGAGAGACCUUCUCUUCUGGAACUUUGCACUCUGCUCCCCUGUUUCCCGUAGCCCUUUCUUCCAGCACCAUCCCUGCCAGCACCAGUGGAUCGGCUUGGUCCCCGACUCCAGCAGCAUUUGUGGACGUUUCUGCCCUGUGGGCUGAGGCAUCCUCACACCCCCUUCUACCCAGCCGGACACCUGAGCCAGUGGUACAGUGGUCUGGCCUGGCUCUACCCUCCAAUCCUGUGGACACACUGAGCUCUGCCACGGCAAAGACAAUGAUGCUCAGCCUGUGGACCCGCUGUGUGUCCUGCCCUGGGGUUUCCUCUUGGCCUGGUCCAGCUGUGAGCAUCACAGAGAAGGACAUGGGGUCAGGGGAUGGGCUCGAGACUCUGUCCCCAGCCCUGCCUCAUGGUCGUAGUAGCCUGUUUCUGCAAAGCAGCAGCAGCAGUGCUGUGGACUUUGACGACUAUGAAGAGGAACCUCUGGGGUUCAACACACUUUUCCCCUCUAGGCCUCUUGUGGCAGUUUCUUCUCUGCCAAUGAUGGCAUCAGGGAACAGUGUCCUUAGCUCUGUGGAGGGUGGCCUGACCCAUGUCCCCACAGUCCACGCUGGUUCAUCCCAGGGCCCUCUCUUUACCCCUCUGUCUCCCAUAUCCUCUGUCACUGACACUCUGCUGUGGCCUCUCAGUACCAUGGUCACUGUGUCUCUGUCCUCUUUUGUCUGGGCCGAGGUGCCGGAGGCGCCCAUCCCAUCCCCUGCACACACAGUCAUGCCAUGGCCUUCUCUCAGGGACCUGGAUCCUGUAUCAACUGGUGCCGUGGAUCCUUCCCAAGUGUCCCUGCAAGAAACGGUUACCUGGGAGGCAGCUUCCAGCACCUUGUCUACUGCACCACUGGGACCUGUGAGCAAUGUCCCCUCCUCUGGGCAUGUCCUCCCUGUUGUGUCUUCCAGAGAGGAUGGGGAUGUGGCCACCUUCUCGUCUUGGACUAUUUCCACAUUGUGGGGUCCACUUUCAGGGUCCCACUCUGCCUCCUGGCAGGCCCCUCUGCCUUCUGCUUCUCCUUUCACAAGCCCUGAUUUCUCUUCGCUCUGGCCAAGCUCAGUUUUGCUUUCUGACACACCACUCUCCCUCCUGUUAGGGGCCUCCUCUGUUUCCCCCCAUUCCAGCAUUCCCUCUACUUCUCCCCAAUUCCCUGUGGUGCCUUGGACUUCAUGGUCCCAGGUGGUACCACAGGUCACAAGCUCUGCAUCUCCUGCCACCUUGAUUGCCACAGAUGCCACCUCCUGGUUUGAGCUGCCCUCGAUUUCCUUGGAGCCAACAGGACCUAGUCCAACACCCUUUGGCCUCACAUCUGCCCUGGCCAGUUCAAUACCCUCCGGCCUCACACCUGCCCUGGACAUUGAGAACUCAGGGACCCCGGGAAUGCAGCUCAUUUCGUCUGCAGCACCGGCUUCACCACCACCACCACCAUCCCCUCUUUUAUCAGCCCCGACUCCUUUUGAGGACAGUCUUGGGGUCCAGGAUACUCUUGUACCUUCCACUCCCUCUUUCUUCGCUGUCAUUCCACCUACCACACUCUGGGUCUCAGCUCCGUCUCCAUCACCCCCACCGCUGAUCGUGUCCUUGCUUGUUUCUGAGACAAGUCCCACCCCUCCGCCUGCUGAACCAACGUUUGCGGGCCCGUCACCUGUGCCCACCCAUUUCUCCUUGAACAACUCUGUGGAACUGGGCACAGCCAGGAACAGUGCUGUCCCCGAUUUGACCACUGCUGAGCCCUCCUCGAGCAGCAAACCAAUGAGCCAAGAUCCCCAUGGAAGCAGCUCGGCAUCCCCCAAGCCAUCUCUUCGACCAGUGAACACCCCCAGUCCUGAAGCCAUGGUCGAUACCCCAGCACUGCUCACCACCAGGCCGCCCUAUGUGUGUGACAUCACGGCGCCUGACGCCUAUUUGAUCACGACUGUGUUGGCCCGGAGAGCCGUGCAGGAGUACAUCAUCACGUCCAUCAAAGAGGUGCUGCGAAUCCACUUCAACCGAGCUGUGGAGCUCAAGGUUUAUGAAUUGUUUGCUGACUUCACUUUUCUGGUAACAUCUGGACCUUUUGUUUAUACUGCAAUAUCUGUCAUAAAUGCCCUUAUAAAUAGUAAGCUGGUACGUGAUCGAACUCCUUUAAUCCUGGCUGUGAAACCUUCCUUCCUGGUCCCAGAGUCCAGAUUCCAAGUUCAAACAGUACUUCAGUUUGUGCCUCAGAGCGUGGACACCAGCUUCUGCAACUUCACGCAGCGCAUCGAGAAGGGCCUGAUGCUCGCCUUGUGGGAGGUACGGAGGCACCCGCAAGGCCCACUCAAUCUCACGGUGCAGAUCUUGAACAUCACUGUGGGCUCUUCCAGGGGGGCCCCUCGGCGGGGCCCUGUGCGCAUCAUCUUCGCAGUGCGGGGUGCACAGGGUUUCCUGAAUGGAGUGGAAGUGAGCGAGCGGCUGCGGAACCUGAGCGUGGUGGAAUUCAGCUUCUACCUGGGCUACCCUGUGCUGCAGGUCGCCGAGCCCUUCCAGUAUCUCCAGCUCAACUUGUCGCAGCUGCUGCAGGCCUCCUGGGUGAGAACAGUUCUCCUGGGCGUGGUGGAGCAGCAGCUCAAGAACGAAGUGUUUGCGGCGGAGAUGGAGCGGAAGCUGGCCCAGUUGCUCAGUGAGGUGUCCCCCAGGAGGAGAAUGUGGAGAAGGGCCACAGUUGCUGCAGGGAAUGGCGGUGUGGUGCAGGUGGUGAAUGUGUCCCGGCUGGAGGGGGACAAUGAUCCCGCUCAGCUCAUCUAUUUCGUGGAGGAUCCAGAUGGGGAGAGGCUCAGUGCGGUGAAGUCGUCCGACCUCAUCAACAAGAUUGACAUCCAGCGAGCCGCCAUCAUCCUGGGCUACCGCAUCCAGGGUGCUGUGGCCCAGCCUGUGGACAGGGUGAAGCAUCCUGCCCCAGAGGCCCAGAGCAGCAACCUGUGGGUCAUCGUGGGUGUCGUCAUCCCUGUGCUGGUGGUGCUGGUGAUCCUUGUCAUCCUCUACUGGAAACUUUGUCGCACUGACAAGCUGGACUUCCAGCCUGACACUGUGGCCAACAUCCAGCAGCGUCAGAAGCUGCAGAUCCCCAGCGUGAAGGGCUUCGAUUUUGCAAAGCAGCACCUGGGCCAGCACAACAAAGAUGACAUCCUCAUCGUGCAUGAGCCUGUGCCCCUUCCGGCCCCAGGGAAAGACCACCCCACACCCUCUGAAAACGGAGAUGUGCCCAGCCCCAAGGCCAAGCUCGCUUCGAAGACCAGCCGCCACCGAGGAAGAGUUUCUCCCUCGGAUGCAGAUUCCACUAUGAGUGAAGAAUCCAGCGAGAGGGAGGCUGGAGACAAGGCACCGGGCGUGGUAGCCGAUGGCAAGUUGCACCGAGCACCGCCUAGUGGGCCACCCCCACCUAACUCUGGUGCUGAGCCCCACUCCUCCGCCUCCAUCUUUGAGCAUGUGGACAGGAUCUCCCGUUCCUCUGAGGCCAGCCGGAGGGUCCCCAGUAAGAUCCAGCUCAUCGCUAUGCAGCCCAUCCCUGCGCCUCCCUUGCAGCACCCCGUCCUGGCUGACCGGGCAGCAGAGACCAACAAAAUUAACAAAGAGAUCCAGACGGCACUGCGACACAAGUCAGAGAUUGAGCACCACCGAAACAAAAUCCGGCUCCGUGCCAAGCGCCGCGGCCACUACGAGUUCCCGGUGGUGGAUGACCUGUCCUCUGGGGACACCCGGGAGCGCCACCGCGUGUACCGCAGGGCUCAGAUGCAGAUCGACAAGAUCCUGGACCCCACGGCCAGCGUGCCCUCAGUGUUCAUAGAGCCCCGCAAGAGCUCACGUCUGAAACGUUCCCCAAAGCCUCGCCGGAAACACCAGGUCAACGGCUGCCCCGGAGAUGCGGAGAAGGACCGGCUCAUCACUACGGACAGCGAUGGCACCUACAAGCGGCCGCCUGGCGUCCACAACUCUGCCUAUAUGGGCUGUCCGUCGGAUCCUGACCUCCCAGCUGAGGUACAGACGCCAUCUUCAGCUGAGCUGAACCGCUACCCCGGCCUGCCCUUCCCGGUCUCUCAGUACGUCCCCCCACGGCCAUCCAUCGAGGAGGCACGCCAGACCAUGCAUUCCCUCCUGGAUGAUGCCUUCGCCCUUGUGGCCCCCAGCACCACGACAGCAGGCCCUGGUGCCCCUGCCAGCCUGCCAGUGAGCGGGCCCCCUUCCCGGGAGGAGCGACGAGGUGGCCAGUGGGGGUCCUUCCACAGUCCAGCCCAGACGCCCGCCAGCAACCCCUGCAGCAGAUACGAAGACUAUGGGAUGACCCCCCCUUCCGGCCCAUUACCCAGAGCUGCUCUUGGGUCUGGUUUGCUUCAGUCUUCAGAGCUGGUGCCCUCUGAACCCCAGCAGCCUCAGGCCUCGGCCGAGGUGGUCUUCUCUGCCCGAGGGAUCUACUCUGAGGAGAUGCCAUCGGUGGCCCGGCCUCGGCCUGUUGGAGGAACCACAGGCUCACAGAUCCAGCAUCUGACGCAGGUGGGCAUUGCCAGCAGAAUUGCCGCACAGCCUGUAGAGAUGCCGCCGAGCAGAGGCGGCCAGUAUGGGGCAGCUGGCUGGACCUCAUACGGGGACGAGGCGGCAAGCCGGAGAGAAGCUACACACAUGCUCGGGCCACAGGAGUAUCCAUCUUCACCGCUGUUCCAGGUGCCAAGGACUUCGGGUAGGGAGCCCUCAGCUCCUCCCGGGAACCCUCCGCCGCGGGGUCUGGCGUAUCCCACCAGCUCCACAGAGGACCUCCAGCCUGGCCACUCGUCAGCCUCCCUCAUCAAAGCCAUCCGCGAGGAGCUGCUUCGACUGUCCCAGAAGCAGGGCGCCGUACAGAACUUCCACAGCUGAGCCGCGUCCUGCCCAGCGCCCAGUAUCUGCUUCCCGUGGAAGCAAGACUGAAAAGGACGUGCUUCACCAACGGGGGUGGGGGGACAGUCAGAGGACAGGCACCCGCUGGGGCAGGUGCCCAGAUAGGGCACCAACCAGCCCCGGAGUGACUUGUCAAAGCUGGUUGGGGCACAGCUCAGCUCGGGAAGCUUCUGCAAUUUUACGACCUCAUGCGUGGGUUGAGUUGCAAUGUCUUUUGGUACUUUUGGCCCCAAGCUGGCAGCACUUGCUUAAAAAACAACAACAACAACAACAACAACAACAACA